CUCUCGUCGCGAGCCUCGACAACCACAGCGCUGCUACAUCAUUGCUAUGUGUUGGCUCUGUAUUUAGAGCGGACUCUCCGUCGUGUACCACGGCGGCUGACUCUAACUCACAACGGAUUGUCUGUCUGAGGAGGAGAAAAAGAAAAAGAGGAGGAAGAGGAGGAGGACAGAGUAAGGGGGAGAGAGAAUGAAGCCAUUAAGGAGUGAAGCGCUGCUACCUGCGUUAUAUAGCUGACAGGGUAGUGACGGAGGAUGUGUCUGUGAAGCCGCGAUAGGAAUGAUGAACCAGUCUCACCGCUGUGGAGAGGGAAAAAACCGGCGUCUUUAACCGACAAAAUGGCUCCUAAAACGGCAGCACUUUCAUUGACAUUGGGAUUUACAUAGGACAUAAGUCUAAGCUCGGUAUCUAUGCUUUAUCUAGAGUGAGCAACAUGCCUUCCUCUACAGUACCAUACCGGUACAGCGACCUUCAUUUUCCGGAUGUAAAAUGCUGCAGCGUGGCCUGGUUCAACAAGGAUGGGUUUGUUAUAAGGUGAAAUCCUGUCACCAUCUCUUUCUCGUCCUCAGUCAAGUCAUAGUACGAGAUAUUCAUCCCCAUUUAUCGAGAUGCCCAUUUCCCUCCCGUCUGCACUUGAUUGGAUGUCAGGCUUAAGCAUCUGAUAUUUUCAUCAGAGUACAUAAGACAUUAAUAGCACCUUGUCCCCUAGAUUAAUUACUGAACAGUCCAUGGACUGGUUCUGAAGCUCGUUCCAAGUUUACAGAGAUCGUUCAUCCUGGAAAAACUACGAUCCCGCCAAUCCAGGAUGAAGGAGGUGUGCCGGGUGUGCGCCCGUGAGCUGUGUGGAAAUCAACGCCGCUGGAUCUUCCAUCCAGCAGGCAGGUUACAGGUGCUGCUGUCACACGCUCUGGGCCGUGAGCUGCGCCGGGACGGCCGUGGAGAAUUCGUCUGCAGCAAGUGUGCCUUUAUGCUGGAGCGUAUGUAUCGCUUUGACACGGUGGUUGCGCGUGUGGAGGCACUGUCCAUCGAGCGGCUGCACAAGCUCCUGCUGGAGAAAGACCGUCUACGACAAUGCGUCAGAGGAAUGUAUCUCAAGCACAACAGCGAUGCAACAUCUGUGGAGAAAGAGUGCAUGGUGGACAUGUCGAGCAUCCAUGAUGCCAAGUACUGCGCCCUGGUUGAAGAGGACUUGAUGUAUUCGGUGUACGAGUCGUGGGCAGAGGAAGAGGAGCAAACGUUGGAGUGUAGCCAUAAUCCACAGUGCCACGGGUCAGACGCAUCCUCACUCUGGCACCGGUCAAGAAGAUGCCGAGGCUGCAGCGCGCUCCGUGUAGCUGACUCGGACUAUGAGGCUGUGUGCAAGGUACCUAGGAAGUUGGCACGUAGCAUUUCCUGUGGUCCUUCCACGCGCUACUCUGAGACUACCAUGACAACGACAGCAUCAACUACCCUUGUUCCAGAGCAAACAGCAAGGGAUUCAUCUGACAGUGACAAGACUUUAGGAGGGAGACCAAGCUCCAGCAACUCAUCAGAGUCUUUAACCUCUACCCUGGGUGCAGCGCCACGUGUUGGACAGCUGGAGCAAGACGUGAGGGAAGAGCAGAACUGGGACUUAGAGCAGGACCCCAGUCUUGACCGUGCGAGUGCAUCUGGCAAACUGCAGCUUGCUCUGUGCUUGCUUCAGAAUUGCAUCUACAAACCUGUCCGGAUUCCCCACGGAAGUAGGCUUCCUGUUUUAAUUAAACCUGGGUGUGUGGAUACAGGCAUUAAUCUAGGCAACCCAGGACAAGUCCUAAGGACCCCCACUGAAAGGGUAGCCUUUGCACGAGAGAUGCCUGGGCCUCCAAGAAUUCGUCUGGGCCUGGCACUGGAGUUGGCCGAGCUGGAGGAGAUGUGGGAUGAUGUAUAUGAAGAGUACUUACCUUUCUGCUUGAAGAAGAUUGAAAAGAAGUCUCUGAUUGAAGAGCAGCAGUCUCAGCUGAACCAGUAUGAAUCUGCGGCAGGCCAGUGCGUCAGUGAACUGCAGAAGGCUCAGCUACAGGUCCAGUCUCUCCAAAGUAAGAUCCAGGAGAGUGAAACCAGCAACAAGAAGCUGCAGGAAAAGCUGGGGGACAUGGAGACUGAGCUGCGCUCUAUCAGACAGGCAGCUCAGAGUCAGGAGAGGACCAUCCAGAGCCUCACUGAAAGUCUUAAUACUAAGGAGACAGAGUCACAGGAGUUAUAUCAGGUUAUAGAAGGACAGAAUGCCACCCUGUGUAAGCUCAGAGAAAUGGCCCAUCGCAGUCAGCUCCAACAUUCACAGGUUGUAGAAGGCGGUGACCUGCAAGGUGAGGUGGUGGCACUACAAAGCUCUCUUUUCUGCUGCCAGCUGGAGCUGGAGGCAAAUCAGCGAGCACAGAGACAGAACCAGAGGAUGGCAGAAGACCUGGCACACUCCCGUGACCGCCUGCACAGUGACCUAGAGGCGGCACUGCAGCACCGGGAGACCACCGAAAAGUACAACCAGGAUUUGCGCAGCACAGUGCAGCAGCUGCGUUCAGAGCUACAGGUGAAGGACGCUCAGCUGAAGGAGUACGAGGCUGAUAAACACUCUGAGGUUUCAGCCCGAGACAAAACCAUCUCAGAGCUGCAGUUUGCACUAAGGGAGAAAGAGAGAACUGUGCAGGAGUACUCAGAGCUGCUGGACCAGCCUACUGAGUCUGGCCGACCCCGUGACGCCCUGCUGGACAAACUAAAGAGUCGCAUUCGUGACCGAGACAAAGCUCUGGAGCGCUCUAUAGACGAGAAGUUCCGCUGCUUGGAGGAGAAGGAGACUGAGGUGCGCAAGCUGCAGUUAGCACUUCGGGAGAAAGAGAGAGACCUCGAGAGACUGCGCUGUAUUUUGACCAACAAUGAGGAGACAAUCACGAGUAUAGAUGGUCUUAUGCGCAGUAAAGAUCUGGAGUUGGAACAGACUCAGGAAUCGUUCCGGAAGAUGCAGUGGCUCAAACAGCAGAGCGACGAGAAAAACACAAUCACUUUGCGUGAGAGAGACAACAUCAUCGCACAGCUGCACACUACGCUCCAUGCACGCAGCAAAGAGACAGAGGACCUGACAGCAGCGUUAUUGGCUAAGCUCUCCCCCAGCCCUAACGAGGUAGUGGAGGAGCUCAAGUCACGUCUGGCACUGAAAGAGAGGCUCUUCCAGGAGGUGCUGUCUGAGCGCAGCAGGCAGACUCAGGAGCACCACACACUGAUCCAGGACCUGCUCAAUACCAUCAGCUCCAGAGACCAGUACAUCAAGGAGAGCGGCGAGAGGCUGAGGCAGGUGAUAACAGAGCGGACCGGGCAGCUAAAUGAGAUGCGGAGGCAGCUCGUGUCACGUGAACAGGAGCUGAGUGACGUGACACGGGAGAGGGAGAGGGAGAGAGAAAGAGGAGCUCCACUGGCUAUGGAGAUGGAGAGACUUCAGAGUAUACUGAGAGAGAAAGAAAGCCUUAUACAGGAUCUGAUGCAGAGUCAGGAAGAGGCAACUUCCAGACCAUCGGCAACAACACUGAGAUCGGGAGAUAGCAACUCAGAGCUGGAGAUGCAGGCUGUUAAAGAGGAGCUUCAGAUCGCCCUGAGGAAACACAGAGAGACAGAGAGGGAGCUUUUGGAGUUAAGAUCUGCUUUGACCAAAAAGCCUGAAACUCGCAUUACCACUGACCCCCAGAGCGCUCUGGAGCAGUUGGUAUCAGAGUACCAGCAACUAAACCAGGCUCUGAGAGCCGAGAAGAAGCUCUACCAAAACCUGAACCACAUGCAGUCCACAGAAGACAGCAUGGGGAAGACUCAGGCACUGCACAUGGAGCUGGACACAGUUCAGGCGCUACGCGGACAGCUGGAAGAGGUCCUGAGCAGGACCCGAGACACAGCUCUGGCACUGGACAGGGCAGCUAAGGCCCACGCUGACUAUGGAGAGUUCAGCACAGACGAGGAUGAGGACGAGAUCGAGGAUGAUGAUGAUGAUGAUGAUGAUGAAGAAGAAGAAGGCAGUAGCAGUGAAGAAUUCACCGACAGUAUAGAAGAAGAUGUGAAACUGACCGCUGAGAGUCUGGCUAGUACAGAGAAUGCUGGGGUUUCUGAAGGUCCAGUGAGCAGAAGGAUAUCCCAGGAGGCCAUGAGGGGAGGAUGGCAGGAUGAGGUGAAGCAGAAGAAGGGUGAAGAGAGAGAGACCGGAGAAGAGAGAAGCCAGCUCAGCCAGGCUGGAUGUACCUCACUCUCUCAGGACAGGUGUACUCGAUCAAACCUGCAAGAGGAAAAGCGCAAUCUGGAACUAAGCGGAAGUAGAUCCGGACAGGAUUCCGGAUCUGGGUGUGGACCGGGAACAGAAAGAAACGUAUCUGUAAAGUGCAGAAGGUGGGAGCAAAGUGAAACAGACAGGCUGAACCCUCAUGACCAGCAGCAAACCCACAUGCUUAUAGAGGAAGAGGAAGAUGAAUAUGAAGAUGAGGAGGAGAAGGACAUGCGGGCCUCUCGGGGGAAACGUGGCCUCCCGACUGUGACUCUAAGAGAGGGAGCGGGGAAGAGAAGGUGUAACAGACCUCACUCUCUGGACCUUGGAGUGCUGCUGACUCGCAAAACUACGGGUGAAGAGUCCAGCACACAGGAGAUAGGGGGAGAAAAUGGAGGUUCUGCAGGGUUCUGGCAGCAUGUCGAGGCGGGACUACGUGAGCAGGCGGAGCGUCUCCGUAGCGACCUGGCCCUGAGCCGCCAGGAAAGCAGAGAACUCCGAGAAAGACUGAUGGUGUCUGAGGCUACUGUACACGCACAGGCUGACCAGCUCAAGGAGUACAGAGAACUACUGACGGAGAGUGCAGUGCAGCAGGACAGUAAGCAGGUCCAGGUGGAUCUGCAGGAUCUGGGCUAUGAGACCAGCGGGCGCAGUGAGAAUGAGGCUGAGAGAGAAGAUGCCAGCAGCCCUGAGUUUGAUGAUAUAGAGCUGUGCAACUCUCUUUCCCGGCCAUCGUAUGGCAGUGUUGGUAAUUCGUGGCAUCAGCAUGGCGACGGUUCCCAGCCGGACGAUUUGUUAGUGCAGGACCUACGUGCACAGCUUACUCGCUGUCACAAAGUGAUCCGUGGUCUGCAGAUCCGUGUGCGUUCACUUUCCACUACCUCCGACUACGCUUCCAGCCUCGAACGCACAUCACGCAAGGUGAACUGGGCCUUCCAAGAGUCUCCUGCCCACAGUGGUUUGGAGGACGAUGAGGGCUGGCACUCAGAUGGGCCAGCCAUUGGACCACUGAAGUCCAACAGGGACCUGCAGGAGCUGAUGUCUCGUGUGGCCUCCUUGGAGAACCAAAUCCGCAACAGCAAACUGGAGGAAAAAAGAGGGGCAGAGGAGGGGAAGAGUGCUACAUGGCCUGGAAAAUACAACACGCUGAUCCAGGCUCAGGCGCGAGAGUUGUCACACUUACGGCAGAGGAUGCGUGAGGGACGAGGAAUUUGCCACAUCCUCACGCAGCACUUGGGCGACACCACCAAGGCGUUCGAAGAGCUGCUCCGGGCCAACGAUAUCGAUUACUACAUGGGCCAGAGCUUCCGAGAACAACUUUCCCAGAGUUCCUCACUCAUACAGAGGAUCAGCAUUAAGCUCAGUGGACGAGAUCGCUCAGAAGUGCAGGAUGACAAAAUGGGCCAUGAGCUAUUAGCUUUAAGGUUGAGUAAAGAGCUCCAACAAAAGGACAAGAUAAUCGAGUCUCUCCACACAAAGCUGCAGCAACGCCCUGACACGCCCUCCAGCAGCCACGCCCCCUCAGAGACAACAGACCAAUCUGACCGCACUUCCUUUGUGUCAGAUGAAAGGGCUUCGAUAAAUGAGGAUCUGGAGCUGUGUUCUGAUGUGGACGCUGUCAGCGAAUACGCCCAGGAGGAACCUGCUCCUAGAUCAAAUGAUGCAGACCGCCCCUCCUUCCUCCCUGUCCCUCCUUCUAUUCAGUCCCCUAUCACCCCCUACAGGACAAAGGAAAGUACGACAGGUACCGAGGGUGUCUAUUCCGUCCCCUUGUAUGGUUCUUUGCCGUUGGCUCAGACCCACCCCUGGUCCAACUCCUCAAAUAACUUAACCUCUGACCCAUUGCCCUUUUUUGGGCCACUGACACCACAACAGCACCAGCAGGGUCUGCGCAGACCACCAAUCCGAAGUUUUAGUUUACCACAUUCACUGAGCAGCUAUCCACUGAUGGGCUCUGCACUUCCUGAUCCCUCACAUUACACCCAGCUAUCUCAUCAUUCCCUUCACCAGCCCCAGAAAUCAGAUAGCAGCCUGGUAGGAAGUAGUGCACCAUGGGACAUGGACAGCAUCAUUCAGCCAAUCAUAGGCUUGACUGGAGCACCUGGUUACCAGUCAGGAAACAGCCAUUCAGGUGUGGACCUGAUCGAGGAGCAUCUUCGUGAGAUCCGUACUCUGCGCCAACGUCUGGAGGACUCCAUCAGGACCAACGAGAGGCUGAGACAACAGCUGGAGACUCGCCUGGCCAAGGCUGCCAGAGACGGAGCAGCACCCACAAAUAUCUACAUCCAAGGCCUGGACACGGUCACUCAGCUGUCCAAUGAGAUCCGAGUGUUGAAGGAGGAGAAUCUGAGUCUCCAGUCCAGGCUGCAGGCGAGCAGGGACAACAUCGAGGAGGUGGAGCAGUUAAGGGAGGCGGUGCUGUCUGGGCGGGCGCGGCUGAAGCAGGCAGAGUUAGAGGCGGAGCAGUGGAAGGAGGAGCUGAGGAGGCAUCAGACGCACAGCUGUGAACAGAGUCAGCAGAUUCAGCAGCUACGGCAGGAGAGGCAGAGCAACCAGGAGCACAACAACAGGUUACAGCAUGAGGUUAGUCUGCUCCAGCAGCAGCUCUCCGAAAGCAGACAGCUGCUGCACUCCCUGCAGUGUGAACUCCAGCUAUAUGACCGAGUGUGUACAGGAAGCAAGAGCGCCCCCACAGGUUAUCUCUCGGGUCUCCCGUACUCCUCUGCUCCAGCUGUGGGAGAACUCAACCAGUUGCUAAUGGAGGUCCGGGCUCUACGGGCCCAGCUGGAGCGCAGCGUCCAGGAGAACAGCGCUCUGAGGAUACAGCUGCAGAAACAGCUGGAGCAACAAUUAAACUCAGCCAGCUUGGAGCAAAGACCUUCAUCCCUCAUGCCAGCCAGCCCACUUCGGGAUGCUCUCUAUAGGAGGCAGCUACUACACGACCCGUCUCCUUCUCCUCCAGUGAGGGACGUUGGUCCGUUCCCUUCCGGUCCCCCGUGUUCUCCGUAUUCAGAGCUUGAAGAGAGCUCACUCACAGCUAACGACUCUCUGGAACCUCAUGUAGAAUUGGAGGGUGAUGCCCCCGAUGGUUCAUUCGCAAACCGGAAUGGCCGGCACGCCAUCGGGCACGUGGAUGACUUCAGUGCUCUGCAGCAGCAGGUUCUGGAGGGCAGAGGGCUGGUGCACAGGAUGGAGGCCACACUGAAUACCUGCCUUAACACUGCACUAAUGGAGGUCAAUACAGGGAAGGCUCUGGAUUAUGCCAGCGUGAAGACUCUUUUAUCCAACACCAAGACUCUGAGGCAGAUUCUGGAGGAGGCCAUGUCCCUGCUCAAGAUGUUCUGGAGAGCGGCGCUUCCCAGCAGUGACAGCCCCGCCCAGUAUCUCCAGAAAGAGCAGUCAAUGAAAGAGGAGAUCCAGUCUCUGCGUAUGAGGAUAGCGGAGCAGGAAGAGGUUCUGCAGAACACUAUACAGAGACUGAGGAGCACCAGCCGCACUAAAGAGAGCAUGGAGACGUUCAUCGUCAGCCAACUGUCCAGGACUCGAGAUGUCCUGAAAAAAGCCAGGGCCAAUCUGGAGAAGAACGAGCUCAGGAUUUCCUCUUUAAGCUCCUCCUCUUCCUCCCUUUACCAUGGUCAAGUCCUCAAAGGUGCCUACCCAGGGUCUUCUGAUAGGGGUUGCGUGACCCCUGUGAUCGCCAUGGAAACCUCCAGUCCCAGACUCGCUAAGAAGCGCGCGAGGGAGUGCCUUCACUAAGCGGCGUCCUGAAUGAGCUCCACCUUUUCACCCCCCUGCCUUAUCCUCUUAGAUCCUUCUUCUUAUCUUCUUACCUCUUAUCCCUUCUUUUCUCCUGCUCUUAUCUUUUGCCUUACCUCGGUGAAAAAACAAAAAAACGACUCGUCGCACUACACUUUGCCUUGUGAAGCGGAUAUUGGCGCGUGCCCUGGCUGCUAUACAAUGUGUGGAAGGCGUUCAGGAGCGUGCAGGAAAUACAAACCGGUGUGUGUUCUAAAUCACAGACUACAGAAGAACUUAGACUUCAUACUGAAUGGGGAGAAGUGGAUAUUUAUGUUGCAGCUAAACAUACUGCCAGUGAAUCCCGUUGAGAAGCUCAGGGAUUUGAGGCAAAGAAACACUAAAAAAAGCCACAUUUCCUAGGUGAGACAGAUCCUCAGGAUCGUCUUCCACCGAUCUAACCGGUGCCUACGUUACAGGCUCGAGCAGCCAUCACUGAAAACGUGCCACGUCUACUCACAAUAACACAGUGGCCGAGAAGUGCACAACAAAAUAACAAUUCAGAAAAACAAAAAAGGUAGGAUGGAAUUCCUAACGCUGAUUGGACGAGACAUCUGUCACUCGAAAUAUACAAGUAGUGUAUUAACUUUAUUUCUUGUACUUGUGUGGAGUUCACUUUAAAUCUUUCAAAGAAAAUAACAAACAUAUAUAUAUAUAUUUAUAUUAAUAUGAAAAUGGAAUUCAUUCAACGCUACUUUGAGGAAGGACAUUGCGUGAUAUGCCGUGAUCUUUUAAAUAUACUGAUAGAGUAUCGUGGCAUAGAGAUUAGUUUGCGACGUCUGAAAACACACCUAAAGAACGCAGGUAUGUUUCGAAGACAAAUUUAUUUCAGAUUAAACGAUGUAAGGAGCUUUAUAACAGCAGAGCUGUGUUCAUAUACACACAAAUCAACCAUCUACUGACUGUGACAAAUGAGUGACAGGCGUCUCGUCCAAUCAGCGGUAAGCAUUCCAUUCGCAUGGUAACUAAUAUCUACCUUGUCUAAAUUUUGUUUCCGGAUUUGUUCUUUUUUUUAUUUCUUUUUUUUUUUUUUUAAUUGUCACUACUCGAUCCGUACCGCAAACACGAUUUGUACUGCGCAUGUGCGGAAACGAUUUUUUCUUGUCUGAAGUAUGACAAAAUUCAUCCAUCCAUCCAUUUUCUAUACCCGCUUUAUUCCUAUUUAGGGUCACGGGGAUCUGCUGGAUUUAUUUUUAUUUAUUUAUUUUUUUUUUUAUGGCAAGUUCGGGUAUUUAUAAUGUUGUUUUGUUUUUUUUUUUAAUUUCAACAUUUUUAAAAAUUAUUAUUGAUUAAACCAAGAAAAAAUAGAAACACAGAACUGCAGGGGGCUUAUCAACAAUAACAUAAAAGUACAAACAGGCAACAACAACAAUAGGGCACUAAUUAAUUACUUAGUUAAUUGACUGGUUGAUUGAUUACAUAAAUAAAUAAAAUAAAAUAAAAUAAAAUAAAAUAAAAUAAAAUAAAAUAAAGUAAAAUAAAAUACCUAUGUCAUAACACUCACGGAGCCGUAGUAUUUUUAAUCCCUUUUGUUAUAUUGUUUUUUGAAAAUUCUACGCUUUCAAAAUAUCUUAUGAUGUCAUUUUUGGACACCAUAAAGAGUGGUUUAUUAUUAGUAAAUUUACCUUUAUGACUAUAGAAUUUAGCAAUUGAAAUUUAUUAGAAAAUAUAAUUAAAGAUUCCAAAAGCAAAUAAAUAUUAAAAUAAAAGCAGAAGUCAUUGUGAAUUUUUGAUUUGAAUAAAAUUAAGGACAUCAGACCAAAACACUUCAGGUCCAAAAUAAAUGUACGAUUGUCUCGGGACAGGAAUUACAGAAAGAGCGGUUGGUGUCAAUGGUCUUUUUAGACCUUUGGGAAAGAUAAGAUUUAAAUGAUAAUACUGUUAUUAAUAAUAUAUAAUGACGGCGAUUUCCCGCAUGCACAGAACAAAACCUGAGUUUCCGCAGUAGGAAUCGUGUUCUUCCGGUACGGAUCAGUUAUUUCGUUUCCCGAUUUGUUAUAUUGUGGUUUUUGGAUAUUUUGUUUUGCACUUUUCGUCCACCUUACAACGAGCUCGGAGUUAACUGACAAAGAGCACGAGGAAACACUUUACUGGCUUUCGUGUUAAAGCGUUCAUCAUUAUCCGACACUCACUGAUUGUCGCUUUAAUCGAGUUCAUAAAAAAAUAAAUAAAAAAUAAAAUAAAGCAUGUGCAAUGCAAUUGUGCCAGCGUUCACUGACACUGGAGCUAUAUAUGUGUUUUGUAACAAUGAAAGACCGUCAGUGCAAUAUUAGGACUUGUAUUCUUACUUAUAUUUAUCCUGUAAUACUACUGAAGUUGUUCUUGGACAGUGUUUGCAUGGGGAAGGUAGAGAAAAAAACUAAAGGAAAUGAUCACCUUUGUGUUGUGCUGUAUGUAAGGUGAGCUUCACCAAUACUUGCCAAAGUUUGAACUCCUCCUUUCCCUUUUUCGGAUCGUCCUGUCCGUGUCGUAAAGCACGCUCGGAUUUUGUUUUAGUGCCAUCUUAAAUUUAAAAAAAGUGAUUUUUAUCACACAUGCCUUGAUUAAAGGUAUCGCUGGAUCGCCGAUCGUUUUCGUUUCAACUUCAUUAGCGAGUUUGUGAAUUAGGACCAAAUCAUGUUUCAGCAUUUCACAGCGAGGACACAAUAAAUGUUGGUAAAAUCCUGUGAAAUUGGGCAUCGUAUACUGUAGGAUAGAGCUUAGAAUGUGGUAACAAACUUUGGCAAGGAUCUGGUGGGUCCAUAAUUAUGCUACUGAUGCCACAGAUACAAGUUUGAGGUGUUCCUUAGCCGCUUGAAUAUUUCCUGUUGUCCCCCCCCCCCCUUUUUGCUGUAUAUAAUAUCGCUCGAGUCAUGGUUGUGGUUUUCUUCACUAAUUUCUUUUCUCUAUAUGCAAUGGUUCAGUAUCUGGGUAGCUGUGCAAUACUUUUAAUCGCAGUGUUAAUCUUCACUUGGAGCGAAUUUACGCUACUUCUCUAUUCUCUACGCUCCUGAGUUCGCCAAGCUCUAGUGUUAGCGGUUAUGCUAGUUCACGCAAAGCCACAGGUUUUGAUAUACACCUCGAGAAAAUGUCGCUUUGCUUGCCUUCAAGUCGGAGAGCCGUUAUAAAUUCGCUCUCGGCUACGAAAAUAGAAAUAACGAGAACUCAAACCCUUUUAGCUCCUGCUUGUUGUUAGUUGUAGAUACUGAAACUUUUCAAGCAACAAGCCUGGCUGUGUUUGCGCUUAGCAUUUUUAACAGCAAGAAGCAAGAAGAAAUCGUUUCAGAAGUAAAACGAAGAGGUUUCUCCACUUAAUCAGAUCACUUGGCCUAUAAGACGUCUUUUGGCUUUAAAUUGCUAUUUAAAAAAAGGUUUGGAAGAAUAACAAAGUGAAGCCAUUUUCAAAAGAAUUUGUGUAAAGUAAAGAUGGAGGAUGGACAGACGCUGUAACCAGCCAUGAGAAAACUGAAAACUGUAUUAUGUGUAAAUAAUGACUGAAGGCUGAUUUGUUGCCACGGAAAAUGAUGUGUUUUGUGUAAUGCAAUAAAAGGUCAUGGAUGCAUCGGA